UCGUGCUAGGUCUCUUGGGGAGUUAAGACGUAAAUCUUCACAGGGAUUGCUGUAGGGCUACCAUGCCGGGCGCGGGGCCGCAUUUAGGGUUCGAAUCCCAAUCCUGCAAGUUUCUGCAAGCCUCCUCUACCCACACAGCUCAGAGGCCCUCCUAGUCCUUCAGGUCUUCCUCAGAUUUUGUGGGCUUGCUGCAGACCUCACUGAAGUCAGCGUCUGGGUUGUGAGAGGUGGCUAUGGGCACUGUCAGGCUGUGCACGUUGCAGCUGCUACUCCUGCUGGGCGCUUGGCGGGCACGUGGAGGUGCCGCGCGAUGUCGCGUCACGCUGGUACUGUCCCCGCAGAAGGCGACGGGCGCUGUCUGCGGGAAUGCCGACGCCUCCCACGACGGCGAGCUGGCCGCGUUGCGCCUGCGCGUGGGCCGCCAGGAGGAGCUGCUGAGCGCGCUGCAGAGGCGCGCGGCCGAGGGAGGUGCGCUCGCGGGCGAGGUGCGCGCGCUACGUGAGCACAGCCGCGGCCUGAACACGCGCCUGGGCCAGCUGCGCGCGCAACUGCAGCCGGAGGCGGAGGCGGAGGCGGAGCCUGACCCGGAGGCGGAGCCUGCUGCGGCGCUCAGUCUGCUCGCGCAGCGCGCGUUGCACGCUGAGGCCGAGGCGCACCGGACGGCGGCGCUCCUGCAGCAGCUGGACGCGCAGCUCCGCGAGCAUGCGCAGCUUGUGAGCCAGCAUAGCCGCCUCCUGGGCCGCCUGCAGCGCGCGUGCGCCGACCCGGACCGGGGCCAGCAGCAGGUCCUGCCACUGCCUCUAGUGCCUUUGGUUCCUCUGAAUCUAGUGGGCAGUGCUGGCAACACCAGCAGGAGGCUGGACGGAACCCCAGAGAACCGGAGAGAUCAGAACUUGAGGCAGCAGGAGCUCCCGUCUCCUACCCCACCUACUGGGCACCUUGCUGUUUCCACCAGGCCAGUGGGUCCAUGGCGGGACUGCGCAGAGGCUCAUGGGGCAGGUCACAGGCAGAGCGGGGUGUAUGAGCUGCGGCUGGGCCGGCGCCUGGUAUCUGUGUGGUGUGAGCAGCAGCGGGAAGGUGGAGGCUGGACCGUCAUCCAGCGGCGGCAAGAUGGCUCAGUCAAUUUCUUCACCAACUGGCAGCACUACAAGGUGGGUGCUUGUGGCAGGGGUGACGGAGGCUGGCUGAGGAUACCCCAUCCUGACCUCCUGUUCCUCCCGCCCUUCCAGGCGGGCUUUGGGCGGCCAGAUGGGGAAUACUGGCUGGGCUUGGAACCCGUGCAUCAGGUGACCAGCCGUGGGGACCAUGAGCUGCUGGUCCUCCUAGAGGACUGGGGGGGCCGCGGGGCACGCGCCCACUAUGACAGCUUCUCCUUGGAGCCUGAGAGUGACCACUACCGUCUGCGGCUUGGCCAGUACCACGGCGAUGCCGGAGAUUCCCUCUCCUGGCACAACGACAAACCUUUCAGCACUGUGGACAGGGACCGAGACUCCUAUUCUGGUAACUGUGCCCUGUACCAUCGUGGGGGCUGGUGGUACCACGCCUGUGCCCACUCCAACCUUAAUGGUGUGUGGUACCACGGAGGUCACUACCGGAGCCGCUACCAGGACGGGGUCUACUGGGCCGAGUUCCGUGGUGGGGCGUACUCUCUGAAGAAGGCUGUUAUGCUGACCCGGCUUGUGCAGUUGUGACUGUCCCAUUAGUACCCCCAAGGGUAUUUCUAUCUCCUCGAGCCAGUAUCUUAUAACAACACAAGGUGUCCACA